AACAGGACUAUCAUUGCCGCUUCGUCUGCUGCUGUUGUGGGUGUAUUGGCUGGAUAUCCCUUUGAUUCUGUCAAGACAAGAAUGCAAACCCAACCUUACGAUUCAAUCAGUGCCUGUGUUCGACAUACAUACAAAGAAGAAGGUAUCCGAGGAUUUUUUCGAGGCAUUGUACCUCCUCUGAUUACCGUCAGUAUUAUCAAAUCAGUCUCAUUCUCGGUUUAUGAAAAGACCAAAAGAUACUGUAAGGCCAACUACCCAUUCUUUAAUCAAGACAGUCUUGGAUCUACGUUUGUCCUGUCGACAACUGGAGGUGUAGUGACAGGUGCAUUUAUUGCGACUCUGAGUUGCCCGUUUGAAUUGAUCAAGAUACAGAAGCAACUCGAGUUCUUACUGCAGGCCAGCAGCAUCUCGACUGGCGCAACCGUCAUGCGGCCUAUGGCUGAGAAUGACCCGAGUUGGCACUCUGCAAAAGAGAUUAUCAAGAAAAAGGGAUUACCUGGCCUGUGGAGUGGAUUCGGUCUUCACUUUGUAAGGGAUGCAUUGGGCACAGGUGUAUAUUUUGGUGGUUAUGAGACAACCAAAUAUUUGCUAAACCAAGGAUCUGGUCAACCUGCCGGACCAUUGACCCAGUUCCUUGCAGGUGGUAUUUGUGGUAUUCUGUGCUGGCUCGUUGUGUUUCCGAUCGACCUGGUAAAGUCACUGAUGCAAAAGGAAAUCAUGGCACAGCGUCCGACCUAUGGACGCACUUCAGACUGCAUCCGGGACAUCUACAAGGCAAAGGGAACACUGGGAUUUUAUCGUGGAAUUACCGUCACACUCGUCAGAGCAUUUCCAAUCCAUUCUCUUAACUUUCUGGUAUAUGAACAAACACUGCUACUCAUGCGCUACCUUUCCGACCACACACAAGACCAAGUUUCUUUAUAA